AUGAGCUCACUCUGCCCUUUUGCGGGAGCUACUAAUGGUGGUGGCAGCGGCGUAUGCCCUGUGAAAGCCGCCAAUAAGAGCAGCGUUGGGUUAUGCCCUGCAGCAAAAUCUGACAAGAGCAUCACUGGUGUAUGCCCUGUCACCGGCAAGGGUCAUGGCAGUGAGCACAAGGAAAGUACUGACGGCGGUGAAGAAAAGGGCACCGAUGAUCCUCGCAUGGUGCCGGCAAAGUGCCCAUUUGGCUAUGACUGCAACACGUUCAAGCUGGGCCCGCUCAGCUGCAUUGUCUGCCAGGCGCUGCUCCAUGAAAGCAGCAAAUGCAAGCCGGCAUGCAUAUCAUGCUUUAAGGACUGCCCGCUGUGUGGUGCUGAUAUAGAGGGGAUUGAGCCUGAUGCCGAGCUUCAAGCGCUUGUUGAUCAGUUCAUUGAUGGCCAUGCCAGAAUCAAGCGGUCACAUGCUACAGGAGAUGUGGAAGCAGCAGAUUUCAAGGACAAAGUCAUAUAUGAGGAUGUUUCGAUGGAGAGAGGAGCUUUUCUUGUGCAGCAAGCUAUGAGGCUUGGAGCUGUAUUAGGAAUGCUUGGGGACUGCUGUCGGACCUUGGGAGAUGCUCAUUCAGCAAUCACAUACUAUGAAGGAAGUGCUGAGAUACUCUCGAAACUCCCCACAAAAGAUCUUGAGCUGGUACAUACUCUCUCUGUUUCACUAAAUAAAAUUGGUGACCUUCGCUACUAUGAUGGGGACCUCCAAUCCGCAAGAAACUAUUAUGCCCGUUCAUUGGAUGUUCGCAGAAAUGCCGUAAAAGAGCACUCAGCAGUGGCUUCCCAGGUCAUUGAUCUAGCAACUUCUCUUGCCAAAGUUGCUGAUGUGGAUAGAAAUCUUGGGAAUGAGAGCACCGCAAUAGAGGGUUUUGAGGAAGCAAUUCAAUGCCUUGGGAAGCUGAAGCUGGAUUCUGAACAAGCUAGCCUUGAACAACGGCGCCUCUCUGUUCUCAAAUUCCUGCACAACCAGUUGGCAGAUAAGUAA